AUGUGCGCCCAUAUCUCGGGCAAUCUGUUAUCUGCCCUGCAGACUGCGGGCCUCACUCUUCCCCCUCAGAAGCUCACACGUACAGGUGCCGUACCCACCAGUGCAGACGUGUCAGAGAUGAGCGGUGUUGUCCGGGAGACGAGCUCCGAUGUGCAGACCCUGAAGAAGGAUGUCGCAGCUCUGCGCGCAGAGCAGGCCGAUCUGCAUUCAAAGUUCAGCAGCGUCAGCAAGCAGCUGUUUGAGCGCGUGGCGGCACUAGAGAAAGCUCGGGAGACAGGGAACACCGGCGGCGGGUUAGGUGCGCCUGGCCACCCAGACGUGACCUCUCCAUCCAAGCGGGUUGACUCUAGUCCCGACCCGGGACUCAGAGACACCGCGGCCUCCCCCAUUGCAGGAGUUCGCCAGACCUCGCGGUUUGGUCCCAACGAGGAUGCAGCGCCGCCGCAGCAGCACCAGCGGGAACCCCACUACGCAUCUGCAUCGCCGUCACCCGCCCCAGGUACUGCACAGCAGCAUCAAACUGGCGUGCCACCGGGGCGGGACACGGCGUACUAUCAGCCGGGCACAUCCCGACCUGCCCCGCCUCUACGACCGGUCGCUCCACUCACAGUUGUGCCUCGCCCGGCGGUCCACCGCAGCACGCCCCCCCCCCCGCAGCAGUCGUACCCACCGCCAGCCAUCCCGAGUAUGAGUGGCGCGGGUGAAGGCGGCGGGGAAUGGAUGCGCGACAGUGGAGGCGACGCCGGUGCAGCAGGAGCUACUUCCGAUGCCUUCACCGGUGGGCGUGCAAAGUCCAAGUACGCGGGUGUUACCGGGGGGGGGAGAUGCCUGGUUUGCCAAGCUCUUGAUGCCGGCCCCUGA